AUGAUUGUUGUUGGUUUAAAAGUUGGUGGAGGAGGGACGUGUGGAGGAAGCAGUUGGUGGUUGAGACUAGGUCCAUGGUGUAUUUGUAAAAAUGACAGCAAUUCGCUUAAACCACCGAAACCACCAGAUCGUCCAUUGGUUCCCUACAUGAGAUUCAGUCGAAAAAUGUGGGCCAAAGUGCGCGCUGAAAAUCCAGACAGUCAGUUAUGGGAUAUCGGGAAAGUGAUUGGCCAGAUGUGGCGAGAUGCCCCGGAAUCGGAAAAAGCUAUAUAUCAUCAGGAAUAUGACAUUGAACGACAAGAAUAUGAGAAGGCGUUGAAAGCUUAUCAUAACUCGGCUGCUUAUCAACAAUAUUUGUCAGCAAAAAAUCGAGCAAAAGUCGUCGACAAAUCAAACACAGUUGGGGGUGUAAUUGCUGCUAGUCGCGGACGUUUGGAUACAGGAGGCGUCGUUAUUCAGCCAGUGGAAGAUGAAGAACUCGGUGAUCUAUCUUCUCGCCGAAUUGCUGCCGUUAGAUUCGAUCGAAAUCAUCGCCUCAUAGCGGAUCUUUUUAGUGGCAACGUUGUUACUGAUACUCGAACGGUUCUUGCUCAGAAUCGCAUCGAAAUGCUAAAGAAACAAGCGACUUCAUUGGCUCUGCACCAAGGUAAGCUUGAAGAGGAACUCAAGAAACUGAGCGAGAUUUUUCAAACCAAAAAGCGUUCAAUGGAAAUUGCAUCAGAAGAAUUUGCAGCAAAAUUGAAAAAAGUGUGUGAAGAAAAACCUCAGCUCGAUGAAGCAAAAUAUGCAUCUAUGGUCGGUGAUUGGUCGGAGAAGUUACUGAAUGCAUAUGAAGACUACAAAGUUAAACAGGAAGCAUUGCGUGCAAAGCAAAUAGUAGAACGAGAGCAGCUAGCAGAAGAGACACCAAUAUUGUAUCGUCUAACUGUAGGCGAUUCAUCUCCUUCACCCAAGAAUAAAUCAACCGAUGAAGUACAAUCGCCGCAGUUAAUAACUACUGAACAUCAACAGCAUGCGAUUAAUACUGUUGCCGCUUCUGCUGAUGUCGACAUUUUAUCUACUACUUCAUCAAAAAGCGCCAUUAAUGCGGCGACUGAUGAAGAAACCGAAAAACUAGCACAAGGUCAUCACCCAGAGAGCAGUAAGGAAGCGUCGAUCGGUCCGCCAACUUUAGAAGUAUCAGGAGAGAUUUCUUGA